UGUGAGCUUCGAGCACGCUGCCGGGCUGUCUCGUCCCACUCCGUCAUGGCCCCACGCGUCCCCGUCGUCGUGAUCCUGGGCGCCGGGCUCCUGCUGACGCUCAUGUUGUGCGAGGACUGCGCCUCCAGCGGCGUCACGGUGCUGCCCGAGAACCGCGAGUUACCUCCCAGUGUACACCACCCGGACGGGCAUCCUCUUGGCGUGCACCCUCCCGGUGUUCACCACCCAGACGGACAUCUUCUCGGCGUGCACCCUCCCGGUUUACACCACCCGGACGGGCAUCCCCUCGGCGUGCAACCUCCCGGUUUACACCACCCGGACGGGCAUCCUCUCGGCGUUCACCCUCCGCGUUUACACCACCCGGACGGGCAUCCUCUCGGCGUGCACCCUCCCGGUUUACACCACCCCGACGUGCAUCCUCGGGGCGUACACCCUGCUGGCACUCAUCGCCCCGCCAACGCGCACCCAGGACAAGGCUCAAGCCAAGACUCACCUACUGGUCCGCAACACCAGGGGUGGUCUAAAUUCAGUGAUAGAUUCGAUCCAGUGGCCGGCAGUCGCACGUGCGCGCAGUCGGAGUUCCGGUGCGCCAACAGCCGCUGCAUCCAGGGCCACUGGCAGUGUGACGGCGAGGCGGACUGCACCGACGGCUCCGACGAGGACCCCGCCGUAUGCGACGAGACGUGCCGCCCGGACGAGUUCACCUGCGGCAACAGUCGCUGCGUGCAGAGCCGCUGGGUCUGCGACCACGACGAUGACUGCGGCGACAACUCUGACGAGGCGCACUGCCCCGAGCACGUCUGCAACGCCGACCAGUUCACCUGCGCGUCCAAGACGUGCAUCCAGGCUCGCUGGCGCUGCGACGGUGACGUUGACUGCCCGGACGGCUCCGACGAGAAGGGCUGCCCAUCUGUGCAAGGGAAGAUCCCCAGUCUGUGCUCCGAUCGGGAACACAUGUGUCAGGAUCGUCUGACGUGCGUUCAGAGGCUAUGGCUUUGUGAUGGCGACACGGACUGUCCAGAUGGUGACGAUGAGUCUCAUGAAAUUUGUGCAAAUGUCACCUGCCGUGCCGAUCAUUUCCAGUGCAAAAAUCAUGAGUGCAUUCCCGGCCACUUGCAGUGCUCUGGCACUGCAGAGUGCUCUGAUGGUAGUGACGAGGAAAAUUGCCGUGCCCCACCUAAGCGCUGUGAUCCUAAAACUCAAUUUGACUGUGGUGGUGGAAUGUGCAUCAACCAGAGCAUGGUCUGUGAUCAGAAACCAGACUGCCCUGCCUGGGAAGAUGAACCAAAGGAGCUCUGUAACAUAAACGAAUGCGCAACUAAGAACGGGGGCUGCUCACAUAUCUGUGUCGAUAUGCCAGCUGGAUUUUAUUGUGAUUGCCCCUCUGGGUAUCAUCUAAAUGCAAACAACACAUGUGAAGACGUCAAUGAAUGUGAGAUGCCUGGAGUUUGCUCACAGAUUUGCAUCAAUGAGAAAGGCAAAUUCAAAUGCGAAUGUGUUCAUGGAUACUUGAGGGACCCUCGAGAUCUCACAAGAUGUAAGGCAGCCGAAGGACAUGCUUCAUUGCUCUUCACAAGACGACAUGAUAUUAGAAAAGUUUCUCUCGAUCAUCAUGACAUUACUGCAAUAGUCAAUGACACCAAGUCUGCUACAGCUCUAGAUUUUGUAUUCCGUACUGGAAUGAUCUUCUGGAGUGAUGUUAGUGACAAGAAAAUUUACAAAGCACCAAUUGAUGAAGGUAGCCAAAAAACAGUUGUUAUCAAAGAUGACAUUACAACAUCUGAUGGACUUGCUGUAGACUGGAUCUACAAUCACAUUUAUUGGACUGAUAGUUCCAAAGACACUAUUCAGCUAGCAAACUUUGAGGGAAAUAUGAGAAAAACUGUGAUUAAAGGAAAGAUGGAGGAACCCAGAUCAAUUGCUGUUAAUCCCUUGGAGGGGUGGUUGUAUUGGACAGACUGGGGCUCAGUGCCAAAGAUAGAGAGAGCUGGAAUGGAUGGAUCCCACCGUGAGGAUAUUGUUACGCAUGAUAUCAAAUGGCCCAAUGGCUUGACUUUAGACUUGGUUGGUCGGCAGUUGUAUUGGCUUGAUGCAAGAUUGCAUACCAUUUCCUCCUGCAACUUUGAUGGAACAAACCGUAGAGUUGUAUUAUACUCUGAUGAGUACCUUCUCCAUCCAUUUUCAAUCACAACAUUUGAGGAUUAUUUGUACUGGACAGACUGGGAAAAGCAUGCCGUAUUUAGAGCCAAUAAAUUUAAUGGCAGUGGUAUUGAAGCUAUUACUGCAGUACACACACUGCAGAAUCCAAUGGUUGUGCAUGUAUAUCACCCCUAUAGACAGCCAGAUGGAGAAAACUUCUGUACAGCUGUGAAUGGGCAUUGUUCUCAUCUCUGCUUACCAUCACCUUUGAUGAAUUCAAAAUCACCUCGUAUAUCAUGUGCGUGCCCUGAUGGGCUCACACUUCUUUCAGAUGGACUCAUGUGUGUCGAAGCCACAACAGAAUCAAGAGACAAGACUUCUGCAACUCCUGCAGAAGAAACGGACAGCCUAAUGGUUACAUUGAUAGUCAUUGCAGUCAUCAGUAUCAUUCUACUGCUAGCAGGCCUUAUUAUUUUCAUUAUUUACCGUCACUAUAUGCAUCGAAAUAUUGCAAGUAUGAACUUUGAUAAUCCAGUGUAUCGCAAAACCACAGAGGAUCAGUUUGCUCUGGAGAAAAAUCAGUACCAGCCGACACGUGUAUUUCCAGCCACAAUAGCCGAAGAGGUGGCCUUCAAAAUAAAUUCUUUAUAUCCAUGUUAUGGAUUGUUACAUGGCUGUCGAGAUGAACAGGGCAUGAAUGAUUCUUUGGCUCAAGAACCAUUAACUAGUCCAGGCAGCAAUGAUUACGUAUGAAGUCUGAGGCAGGUUUCGGGUCGGGAUUAUAAUAUCUUAGUGGGUUAGUCUAAACUCCAUAUGUAAAAACAAGGAAAGCUGCAUCAUGAAGAAAAAAAAGUUCAAUGUAAAGCUUCUUUUACUAUCCAGGCUUUAUCUAUCCAACGUUGAGCAGUUUUAGUCAAAAACUGAAUCUUUUUCCGAGCUGCUAGGUGAUUUGUCUAUUUGCCAAUGAACAUAUAGGAGACUUUGAGUGUGAUAUCUUCUUUGACAUAGUCAUGGAAUUAUUAUUUAAAUGUUAUUACUGUAUCUUCAGCUCAAUUCAUUUUACUGAGUGAUAGUCAUAUAUUUAUACUUGUGUGAAUGUCAAUGCAGAUAUUUUAUCUUAUGUUUUAAUUUAAGAAGGAAAUCAACCAGGGCACAGAAGUUUCACUUACUGUAGCGCAUUGACCUGUUUUGUAUGUAAUUAUUUUGUGUCUAAGCUAUUGUCUGAGUGUAAAUGUGUGUGAAAGUGGAAAUUUGUACGAAAGAGGAGAAAUUAGUCAAAGAAACUGUAGUAAUAUUCUUUGAAUUGUCAAGUGAAAGGGUCGCGUCGGCGCUGGACCACACGCUUAACAUAAUUUAUACCACACUAUAGGUAAUGUACCUAACAAAAUCUAGUCUUUAUGCUGAAAACAUUCCAGCAAUCAGAAUUUUUAAAAACACAUUUUUAGAGGAAUUAAUUUAAUAUUUGUGAGUGCUUGUGCCAAAAUAAAUUUCUCACAAAUGUGAUAGAAGUUGUAUACUGGUUGGCACAAACUUUGAUUUUUUACCAAGAAUGUUCAUGUUCAUUUCUAUAAGUCUUCAUCGGCCAUGCAAAGUUUGUUCAAUUCUGAACCACUUACGAAGUAAUUUUCUGUUUUGUAGAGAUCAGCAAAGUUUUGACGUAUUACAUCUGCUUGUUGUUUUACUUAAAUAAUCUAUUUGAUGACCAAAUAUUAAAAUGAUAUGCUGAACAUCAGUAUAGUCUCUGCAUCAACUAGGUACUCUGUGUUGUGUUUUUUGUUUUAAAUUUAUCAUUUUUCCAAACAAAAUCGGAUUAUUGUAAUUUUGUUAUUGGUAGUAUAUACAAUAUACAACAAUGAUAGUUCAUUUAUUUUGUACAUAUGCAUAGGUAGCUAUCAAAUAGUGUCCUGUGAGACUGUUGUUGUUUCAUACAGCUGAGAUGAAGUCAUCAUAUGGUUUACAUGUGGUAUUUUGUUCAACAUUUGGUGCCAAUGAUUCUUUUUCUUCAUAUGAUGUAAGUGUUUAGUUUCCCAUUAAUUUUAAGGGCUUUGAACAACCCUUUGUUUCCUGUCUGGUUAUUCGAAUUUUCUGUUUGUCAUCAUGUGAGUUGCACGAUGCUUUAACUACCUGAGGUCUUGUUUGAUACUAUUGUGCGGGAAAAAAAUUGUUAAUUGAUGACUGAAGUUGAAAAUUGUUAACGUUUUCCCCAUACUUCAGUAAGUCUACAAGGGAUAUGGUACUUCAUCUUCCAUUCCAUUUAUGAAUUAUUCCUAGAGUGCUUUUUGGCUAUGACACUAACUUUCUAGUUCACAGUCCGUCCCUAUCUUAAUUAUCCUUAGAGAUAGUUUGUGUAUUAUACUUAACAGGGAAUUAUGAUGUCAUGCCAAUGAUGGCAACUCAGUAAGUUAGACAUUUUAAAAGUAACAUCAUUCAACAUUACGUACUUGGCAAGAACUAGGUUAAUAGCUUAAAUAUUUCUUGUUAAUGGAGUUGGGGAAAACAUAUGUUUUUUAACUUUGUGACAUCUGCGUAUACUGCAGAAAAGUGCUCUAAAAGCAAAACUGGGUUAGUCGAUUUGUGCUCAGUAUAGCAAGAGUAAGAUGAAAGAGAACAACCAAAGGUUUGAUUUGUUAAUUGUUCAAGGACCGUCAGGUUUCCAAUUAUCUCUCUUGCUUUACAUCAAAAUGUAAGAUAUUUUCUGUGAGUAUUGAAAAUAGCUUAUCUGUAAUUAUUGUAAAUUUUUAAAUUAUGUUUCUGUUUUCUCUUUCUAACUUAACUGUAUAUAUUGUAUGCAAGUAUGAUGGGGUCUUUCGGUGGAAUAUUUAUAAAUGACAUUUUCAUUUUCAUUUUUCAUUUUUGGCGUCUUAAUCAUGUUUUCUCUUUGGCCACUUGAAAAGAAAUUAUUUUAGAAUUCCUUUUUUUCUGGUCACUUACACAAGAUUUUAAAAAAUAAAAGAAGUAUGAAGCAAAAGAGACACAGACAAGGAAGAAAGUGUUAAUUGUUAUCAAGGACUCUUUUAAUGUUUCAAAGAGAAGUGAAUUUAUUAUAAUUUAUAAUUGUUCAAUUAAGGGCCGUGCAGUGAUAUUAGGCAAAGGACAAUGCUCCCCAAAGAUAAUGGUACUUAAAAGCAAAGUAGAGAUCAUUAUUGUUGGUGGUGCAUUUUGUACAUAUGAUGCAGAUAGGGGAAGUAUUGAGAAGCAUUCAUCUGCUGUUAUUUAAAUUCUGUAAAUCUCCAUGUUGGCAUCGAAGCAAACUCGUAACUGUUAACUUUUACCUUUUGAUUUGAAGAUAUUCCAGUACAGAAUUUUGUUAAGUCAGCACUUCUGGAAAACUUCAAAUUUUUCUCAAAGCUUAACUCAAAUUUGAAACAGUUUAAGAGAAAAAAAUUGUAUUGUACUUCUUUAGUUCCUGAAUCGCUUUUUCAUGUCUAGAGUUCUAUGUGUCAGUCCAUGGAAAUAUUUUCUCAAAAUAAAAAUGCUUUAGCCAAA